AUAAAUGAUUGUUUAUUGAUCAAAUGUCAUUUAAAUAUACAUUUCAGAAAUCAUCAACUGUACAUUCAUUAUUUCAUUUGAUUAUUAUACAUAUACUCCUAAUGAUCGCAGACAUCAUUAUCCCGUGGGGAUCCGGGUAAGGAUAGGGCAUCAGUACCCUUUGUUUGUAGUAAAAGGCGACUAAGUUGGACAGUGCUUCGGAUGAAACCGAGGCCCAAGUCACAACAGAUGUGGCAGGAUAGAGAUGCCUCCUUGCUCAGAGACCAUAAGCGCCGAUCAUAGGCCUAAAGUUUGCAGCCCUUCGCCGGCACUGGUGAUGUCUCCAAUUGAGUUAAAAAUUCUCGAGCGAAACGUUAAACAAUAUAUAACCAACCAUAAAUUGAUAUUUAGAACAGAAAGUUGACCUCUCAUCUUUCAAGGUUAUUUGACCAUUGUAAAUGUACGGUUGUUCUUUCACUUUAGCUCUGUAAAAAAGUAAUACAUAAGCCCGAAUAAUUAAAAGGCUCGUGUAUAAUCGAUAGUGUGUAAUGGUGAGACCCAUUUCUAACUUUGAUCUUGACUUUUUGACCCCCGAAAUACCAGCCUGGGCCAUCUAACUUUAAUAUAUUGAAGAAACAAUGCAUCCAGACUGCCAAAUGGCCCUCUUCACGUAUGUACACAAUAUCGCAGCUAUUUGAAUUUGAAAGCACGAGUUCGUUACUUGGUAUACAUGAAGGUUCCGCUUAGGUUAAGCUGAUACAUCAAUGGUUCUUCUAGAACAAUUUCCACUCCAAAAUGUUUUAUAGGUAUUUUAUAUCAUAAAAUCAGAAUGUUUGUCUUGUCACAAACAAUGCAAAUUCACCAACCAAAUGGAUCAAAUCUUAUGUUAGCGCCAGUUUGAUUAAGAAAGACAAUGCCAAAGGUAUCAAAAUUCUACAUGCCUCAAGGGGGAACUAAAUUUGAAACCCUUUCAUUAAACAUUAAUACAAGGCAUGCCCAACAUGAGUAUUUUUACACACAAAGCAACGAUGGAGUUUUAUGGAAGUAGGUACAUGUAUGUAAAUUGGUUUCAUUAAUUAUCACUUAUUUGCUAAAAUAAACACUUACAUGUAUAUCCCUUCGUAUGGAAAAAAAUCCCAUACUCUCUACUGAUGCUUAAAGGAAAUACUACAAGCAUAAAUGUACAUAUGUACUUGUCUCUAAGGCAUAUGGAUAAUUUUCUCUUUAUCCUGAAAAACAUUAAUUGCAUUUUGAUAUGAUACGUAUGUAAGUGUUAUAUAUUUGAAGCCGUGGCACUGGGGUAGAGCACGUUGACUGAAUUUUCGUGACCAUGCCAUGAAGACAAAUAUUUUCAUUUAUAACAUAAGACAUUUGUGUUGCAGAGGUUGGGAACAAAGAACAGAUAAAUUCAAACUGACUCUGGCGAAACCUUAAAGAACAUGUAAGAAUAUCUUAGCACAAAAUUCUUGCCCAUUAUUUUUAAUUAUCAUUCAAGAUUCUUAUGUAAAUUAAAUGUGUACAUCAUCAAACAAUUCAUGGAAUUUAAUUCAACAAAGAACCAUUUUUUUUUAACCUUUUAAGUAGUUCCUCACGAAACAGUUCAAUCGUAAAAUUCCUUAAUGGUUUAUAUUCUAAAACAUUUAACAUAAUUACCACCGCAAACAGCGCCAUUCACGGUAUGUUGAGGACCACGGAAAAGCAUGUCCGGUAUUUUAGGAGUAACUGGUUCAAAUCUAUUUUUAAGAAAUUGAACCAGUGACUCUUCACCACAGUGGUAUUAAUCUUGUUUACUGCACAAUCAUCUUAGUGUGGUCGACUGCAACGAGCGCGAGACGUCCUGGAUUUCUUCCGCUUAUUGACGUAGGCGUGAUUUGCCUGAAUGUAACAGCAAAUACUUCUCUGUGUCAUAAUAUGUGCGCUAUCGAGUUUCACUAGGUGUGAUACUUCUCAACAUUCGACUCUAAAACAUGGUGUGUUUUUUCAGUUAAAGAGAAAAUGAUCAUAUGAACGCAGAAGUCUAUUGAGACGAGAGGAAUUUUAUUAUUUGCUAGUGAUUUAGGAUAAUAUUACGGUUAAAUGACCAAAUAUGAAAGAAGACUACACUGAUCGAAGUGAACAGCAGGAAACCAAACACUCAUCAACCUCCUUGCAGGAUUCUGAUGUCAAACUACGCAGAAAAGAGCGGGUUCCAAAAUGUUGUGUGGUGGGAGACGGGGGUACAGGCAAAACGAGCAUGAUGAUGAGGUACACAAUGGGUAAAAUGCUCUCAGACUACCAGCCAACCUGCUUCGAAAACUACACAAUUGAAGUGCGGAAUGGGGAAAACGUGAACCAGCUCUGUGUAUUGGACACGGCGGGACAGGAGACCUAUGAUCGUCUACGGACACUGGCGUAUUCCGACACUGACGUGUUUGUGGUCUGCUUCUCUGUCUACGAUAGUGACUCAUUUGAAAACGUAAAACUGAAGUGGAUCCCAGAAAUUAAACAAUUCAAACCCGACACCCCAUUUUUUAUUGUCGGGACACAUACAGACUUGCGACAUUCUGUCGUAGACAUUACGGACGCUUGUAUCAGCACUACCAAGGGAAAUAAAUGUGCCAGGAAAUUAGGGGCUGUGAAAUAUUUGGAGUGUAGUUCUAUAGAUGGUACUGGACUGGACGAGGUGUUCCGAUUGGCAUAUUCUACAGCAGUCUCUCCGAAAAAGAAACGUCAGACCUGGAAAAGCUUCAAAAACGCAUUCAAAAGACACACCAUGAAGAUUUAAUGGAGUGUAUUCUUAUUUGGUUGAUGCAGUCGGCUGUUUUACAGACUGGAGAUAUAAAAAAAAUAUUUUAUUUCUUGUUUUACUAAAUGUAACCUUCGUUACUAGGGAAAAGAAGAAUUUAUGAAAGUUCCUGUUAUUCAAUAUGGUCCGGUCUGUACGCUAGUCUGUAGUACAGAAAGUACUGGUUUAUGAAAUCCCUUUUAUAUGAAAAUAAACUACUACCUGUUAAUCUUCAAUUACGUUAUUAUUAUAAAUUCUGUUGUAAAAAAAGGAAAA